GCUAGUUUCAGUCGGCUAGGCACUUUAUUAAUGACAAUAAAAAAUAUAAAUCAAAAUAUUACUGAGAUAAAAGAUAUUUUCAAUGAAGACUACUACGAUGACUUCAUCAGCGCUGUCAAAAUCAUGGGAAAACCUGAUCCAAAUAGCAAAUUUAUGAAAUCACCAGCCACAGCCAAUGACAUGUUCAAUUUGAUAAAAAGUGUAUCUAGCAUAUACAAUUACAUGUGUUGCUCAAAAGAUAAAAAAAAAAGAUUACAGAUAGAAGCAUUUGAAAACAAAUUAAACAGAUUAUGGCAUACCAGCAUCGGAAAUACAAUUGCAGAGACUCAAGCACGAAAUCAAAGGCUAAAAUUAAUAGAAUUGCCAGAAAAUGAAGAUACGGUUCGUCUUAAUUGUCAUUUACAGAAAGAAAUGUCUGAGUCAUAUUUGCAGCUGCAAAAGGAAUACUCUCAUGGGAAUUAUGAACGAUUAAGAGAUUCUAUUCUCUGUUUCGUACAAACAUCAAAUGCUAGACGUCCUGGAGAGGUUGAAAGAAUGGAAAUCAAUGACUAUAGCAUGAAGAUAAUUAAUGGGAAUAAUUGCAGAGUUCAAUUGCGUGGAAAAAGAAAAUAAGUAGUUCCUUUAAUUUUUGACAUAACUGUAAAAGUGUACAUAGAUUUUCUUAUAUCUUGCAGGCCACAAGCUGGAAUAUUAGAUGAAAAUCCUUAUCUUUUUUCAACCAUUAACGACGUUUCAGAUCAAUACUUUUCAUUCGCAUCAGCAUGUCAAAUUAUGAAAAAGUAUUCAGAGAUUUGCAAUGCAAAGGCACCUGAAACUUUGAGAGGCACACGAAUUAAACAGAAAGUGGCUACCGAUGGUCUAGAGAGAGGAAUUGAUGAAAAUGAACUAAAUAAAUUAUCAGAUUAUUUAGGACACACACCGUUAAUUCACAAACUGAGCUACAGGCAAAGAGUGUUUGACAGAGACGUAACCAUUUCUGAGCAAGUUAAAAAAGCACAGGGAUUACGAAGUACAAGUCAUCAAGAUUUAUGUGAAGCUACAAGUGUAAAUCUUCUAAAUACUGAUCACCAACUAAUUAAAAAUCAAAAUAUAGAUUCAGAUUAUAAGAGCAAUGAUAACAGUGUUACAUUUGAAAACAACGAGCCAGUCAACAUCAAAUGUCAAAACAAAAACAAUAUUGUCCAUGGAAAAAAACUCUCAUUUGCAGCAACUUCACCUUCAAAAUCAAAUAUCACUGUAAAAAAUAUUCAAAACUGGGUUGAAUUAUCUAUCAGACGAAGAUCACAAUAAAGGGAUAAUAGUUAUUACUUUCUAUGCAAAGAGUGUAUGUAGACUUUAAACUUAAAAUAUUCUAUGUGGAUAUAUUUGAUGAAAAAGUAUUAAAAAGUCAUAAGAUAAGUAAAACUUAAUCAAGACUUAAUUACGUUCAAAAGAGUUAGUAUUUAAUAACUAUAUACAAUUGAUAGUAAAAUUGAACUUGCUUUGAACUGAGAAAUGAGUUAAAGUUCAAGAUUCU